AUGUCCCACCCGAACCGCCUCAGAGCGACCGAGGAGGGGAAUACGCCGUGGCCCAUAGUUACAAUGCGGCGAUCUGGCAAGCAGACGGCCAAGAUGGUCGAAAGCAAUUUGGCCUCGCUCACGAAGCUGGAGCUGAUCAAGAACGCGUCGUUUUGCAUGAAGUCUGCGGAGAACACCGUGGCCCUUAGUGCAGCCCUCGCAAAGAACACGGUCCUCAAGACCGUGGUGCUGCGGGAGUGCGAGAUCAACGAUGCCGGCGUGGAGGCGAUAGCCGCCGCCCUCGAGCAGAACGAAUCCGUAGAGGAGCUCGACCUGCAGCAGAACAACAUCACCACCAACGGGGUCAUUGCCCUGUCCAAGGGCCUCGCGAAGAACCGAGGAGUGCGCACGCUCAACCUGCUGGGCCAGACGCAGAAGGUGAUUGGGGACGACGCCGUAGAGGCGCUCAUCGCCAUGUUUGAGCAGAACACGACGCUGGUGAAGAUCAUAUGGAAGGUGAACUCCAGGCGGUCCUGGGAGGUCUCCAAGCUCAUCACGCGCAACGUCUCCAUCCAGAAGGCCAAGGCGUCAGGCACGGACGCGGCCCACCUGCUGCCGAAGGCGAAGCCCGCGGAGGCCGCGGAGCCUCAAGGGCAAUAUGUCCAGAUCUCCAGCCUCAAGGGCAAGAUCUCCAGCCUCAAAGGCAAGAUCUCCAGCCUCUUCGACCUCCACCUGUCGACCUCCAGCCUCAAGGGCAAGAUCUCCAGCCUCAAGGGCAAUUGGGGCACCACCGACGAGAAGGAAAAGGGCGAGGCAUUGUCGCGCGAGAACGCCAGCGCCAGCGCCAGCGCCAACGCGCCCCAGCGCCGCGAGUGCGAGGACGCCGCGUGGAUCUUCGCGAUCGGCGGGCUCGACGGCCCGAGUAGUAUGAGCGUUGGCCAGACGGUCGACGACGUGAUGGUGGACACUAGCGCCGACGAGCACUUCGGCGAUAAGCAGCUGAACUUGAAGACGAAGGACGACGACGAGACCAGCGUGAGGUUCCACGCCGCGAAGGCGACUCGACCGAUCCUGAGCGCCAACAGCAUCCACGUGGCAGGAGCAGCGGCGCAGGCCCCGCCAGCCGGCUCGACGGGCUCGCCAUCGACCGCGCGGGGUCCGAGGGGCGGGCGAUCGCGGCUUGGGCCGACGAGGGCGUUUGGCCUGAUCUGCCCGCGCGCGACGGGUAUGAGCAACGUCGGCGCCAGGAUCGGCGCGGACGGCCCGAACGUCAACGGCGCGGCGACAGCCGUCCCAGAGCAGUACAUCGCGACACAGGUGGACCAGCCGGCGGAGCUGAGACGGCGGCGAGGCCUGAGGGGCAGGGACAUCGAGGGCAUCCCCGUGGCCCCAAUCAAUCGAGACCACAUUUUCCGCAAGACGCGUCGCGACGAGAGGGCGCGCCCCGUCGCGAACGCGAUCGACAGCUUGCGCAGUUGCACGGUCUCGAUUUGGCGCGAUGCGAAUCGCGGAGUAGACUCGUUCGCGCUGACGCGCGCGCGCUCGUGCGGCACGUGGGGAAGCGAGCGCCGCGACAAGCAGCUUCUCCUGGCCAUCAAGAGCAAGCUUCCCUGCGACGCGAAGGCGCCGAACGCAUCGCUGUCAGUGAUGGACAGGCCAGCCGCCGACUUCAACGCGCCGCGGCGCGCCAUGAUCCCGCGACCUGCGGGCGCCGCGCCCGAGGAUGAGCAGCCGGGCCCGCCCGCGGCGGAGGCGAGGUUCGACGUGCCGCGGGAGGUGGGCCCGGAAAGUGCAGAGGCAGCUACCAGCGGCGACGAGGCCGCGGGCGACGUUGGGGGCGCGCCUGGGCCCGCCGCGAGGCCAGGCGAGGCGAACAAAAAGAGGAAGAUCGGCGUGGUGGGCGUCGGCAGCGUGUCCGUCGCCAACGUGAUGGGGUGCUCCGUCGACGCCGAGCUCUGCGCGCCGCGCGAGAUCGACCCCAACUUCGAGCUGCUCGGCGAGGCGCAAUGCGACGACGACGACGACGGCGACGACGGCGAGCGCCUCGACCCAGACGCCGCCCGCGAGGGGAUCAAGAGGGAGGCGAAGUUCGCGGGGCCCCUCGGCGCCGGCGAGGUCGCGGGGCGCCCCCGCGACGGGAAAGCGCGGGGCACGAGGCGUAGCGGGUUCGUCUCGAAGCAACUCUGGGACGCCCGGGCGGGGGACUUCCUCGCCUGCGCCCCGCGCGCGGAGGCCGCGCGACUGCUGGCGGCGGCGCCGCUGCUUAUGCGCGUCGUGGCGACGACGGACUCCGGCGCGGCGUUCGCGCGCGCCCAUGAAGGGCGGCGCCGAGAUCUAGGUGGAAAUGCCGCCCAUGCGCGGCGUGGGACGUGGGCGCGCGCGGAGGUUGAAGAGGUCUCUCUGAGCUCAGUAAGGCAGCGCCCCGCAACCAUGACAUUCCUGAGAGCAUACGAUUGUCUCAUCGAGAUGGACAUCAGGGUCGCGGUCCACGCGGACGAUCCUCAUGCCUCAGGUCCCACACAGGGCGUGCUCGACGAAUUCUUCGAUAAGUUGGUCAAAUACCUCGCGAUCAUGGGCCGGUCGGACCUCGCCCAGCCCGGGGCCGAGGAGCCGCUCAACAGCGAGGAGCUUUUGCUGCGCGGGUCUGGGGCGCGAUGCGCCCGCGGCAAGAUCUCGGCCGUCGGCUGCGCGAGUUGCCGACGCGGGGAUUUCGAAGCCCCUUAUAUUCGCUACCUCGAAGGGGCGGUCGACCCGGCCAUGGCCCACCGCCCCGCGCAGCACUGGAGGCGCCUCCGGGGCGGCGCCGACUCGGACUGGGCAGGGUGCCGCGGGGCCCGCAAGUCGACGGCAUGCGGCAUCGCGCGGCGGUGCGGGGCGGCCAUCAGCGCCCGCGCCCGCGAGGUGUCCGCGCUCGCCCAGUCGAGCCCCGAUGCCGCGUGCCUGACAGUCGUGGAACUGGCGGCGAAGAUGCUGCAGGUGAAGGAGCUCAUGAAAUGGCUCUGGCUGCAGCAGCUGAUCGGGGCGGGCCAGAUCAUGAUCGCGAAGGCGCAGGGGCGGAUCAUAUGCCCGACGUGCCGCGCCAUGCCCGGUCUGGUUUCCCUCGACACCCUCGGCGCCGGCAUCGCGGCUGCUUGA